AUGGGAAACAACACACGCAGAAUGCCAUUGAGUUGUACGGCACGAGCACUAAAAUUCUCAUUAUUCAUAUUCAAUUUAGUGUUUCUGCUCUGCGGUCUGAUAUGUCUUGGUAUUGGAACAUGGCUGGUCCUGGACAAGUAUGCAAUUGACAAUUUGGCUUUCGCCACUGCUAAAGUUCAAGGAUACGAUCAAGAUGCCGGGUUGAGAGAUUUGGCCACAAAACCGACCGCAGUUCGUCAAUUCGGAUAUCUUCUUUUUGGUGGUGGUUUGAUUGUGAUCAUAGUAGCUUUCUUAGGAUGUUGUGGAGCAGCGAAAGAGUGGAGACCGCUGUUAUGCUGUUACUCUUCAUGCCUAAUGCUGAUUCUUGCCAUUCAAAUCGCUGCCACAAUCUACGCUUUCCUUCACAGUCACAUGUUCGAAAACGACUUCCGAGAUAUUUUACAUUCUUCGUUGAAAAUGUACAAUGGAACGGAUAACAUGAAAGUCACAAGUGAUGGACAGGACGGACUGUUGGUGAAAACUGCAUGGGACAAAAUUAUGAUUGAGAAAUCUUGCUGCGGAGUUGAUUCCAAAAUCGGAGAGUUCAACAGUUCCGGCUGGUACCAUUUGAACAAAGGACGAUAUCAGUUCCCUCCAGCAUGCUGUCCGUCCGAUGAGCACGGCAGACUUCGACCAUACUGUAACACUAUUAUGAGACAUUCUCACGGUUGUAUAACACCGCUAUAUCGUGAACAUCAAAUUCAUUUGUCUGCUAUUUCUUCUAUUCUUGUCGUUUUGACGAUUCUCGGCGUUUGCCUAUUGUUUGUUGGCAUCCAAUUGUUCCGUCGAGUUCGAAUCGAGAUGCUUUCCUACUUCUGA